CUCAAGAGGAGGUUAUGAAUAUAAUUAACGAAAUUCUCUCAAAUAUUGGAGAUAGACUUGAAGGGUCAUUGUUUUGUAAUAAUAAACAACGAAAGAAACGUCAUGGAAUAUUUCAUAACAAAUCUGAAACAGAGACUGAUUCAUUCAGCUUCAAUUCAGAAUCCACAGAUUCAGACUA